AUGUCAUCGAACCCUUCACCAACUGUCAACCAGCGGGAGCAGUACAAGGACCAGUUGCCAAAUGACCCCAAGGCCCUCGACAACCGCUUCCCUCUCUACCUCGGAGACUGGAAAAAGUCGGACCCCCGUGUCGACGAUGACCUCGCUAUGGAUAACAUGGACGAGCCCCACAUGAAGCGCAAGCUCGCCAUCCUCAAGAAGCACCCCGAGAUCGAAAAACUCUACGGCCAUGACUCCAGGACCUCGCUCGUCACCAUUGCUGCCGCUGCUGCCCAGGUCUACUCUGCCUACCUCUUUGGCCGUGUCUGGACCGACACCUUCUGGGGCUUUAUCGUCUAUGCCUACGUCGUCGGAGGAUCCAUUACUGCCCUCUACGGUGUCCUGAUUCACGAGGCCACUCACAACCAUGCCGCCCCCACUGUCUUCUUGAACAAGCUCGUCGGAUUGGCCGCCAACAUCGGUAUCCCCGUCCCCAUCUAUGCCUCAUUCCGUCGCUACCAUCUCGAACACCACACCUACCAGGGUGUCACCGGCAUGGACCCCGAUCUUCCUCUUGAGUGGGAGAAAAAGAUGAUCCGUGGUAACGCUGCCUUGAAGUUGCUCUGGCUCUUCAUCUACCCCGUCAUGUACGUCGUCCGUGGUGCUGCCAUGAAGAAGACUCCCUCGACCUGGGAGAUUUAUAACAUCAUCUUCACCAUCACUACCGAUAUCCUCGUCGCACAUUUCUGUGGCCUUCGUGGUCUCUUGUACCUCUUGGUCUCGCUCUGGUUCGGAUACGGUCUCCACCCUGGCGCAGCCCACUUUAUCCAGGAGCACUACACCUUUGACGAUGGCCAGGAGACCUACUCGUACUACGGUAUCCUCAACAAGCCCUACAUGAACAUUGGUCUCCACAUGGAGCACCACGACUUCACCAAGGUUGCUUGGUCGCGCCUUCCUGAGGUCCGCGCCAUGGCCCCCGAGUUCUACGAUUCGAUGGCCUACCACACCUCGUGGUUGCUUGUCCACUGGAAGUUCAUCACCGAGCCCGGCUAUGGUCCCCAGUCCCGUCUCGGACGCUCGAUGGAGGAUCACAAGGCUGCCCGCAAGCAGGUUGGCAAGCUCCGCCGUGCUGACGAGCAUGCCUACGAGGAGAUGGCUCUUGACGCCCAGAAGUUGAAGGACAACUAA